UGGCUUCUUUGGCCAACAAGACAUCAACAUCUGAUUUCUAUGAAAUAAACAGUACACUGUACAUGAAUUUUUUGGUAUCACCUCUACUUCCAUCCAAAUUUUUGUUUUCUGUUUUGCACCAAAUAUUUACACAACGGACAAUAGAUAUAUUCACCUGUACAAAAAAAUGUUGAAUGAGUUGGCAUGAAACAACAGACCAAAUGCCGCGAGAUCGUAAAUACGCAGAUUUGACUAAUUUCACUCUUAGAAGGAAGGGCGUUCCUAGAAGUUUAAGACAUCAAGCUUUUAUAAACAAUGAAGAACUGGAUCUGGCGCAGCCAAGAUGGGAGGCGAUAUUCCGCGAAGCCAUGCCAAAAACCGAGACAAACCUUCUUGCAUCUUUUAUCGACAAACACAAAACGCCCGAACCAAGCAGCGAUUCGGAAAAUAACUAUUUAAUUGACGAUGAACCGUUCGAUCUCGGCGCAACAAGUUCCACCGGGGCCACAGUAAUUUUUCAAAACGAGUCCUACCGAUCCAGUUCGGAGGAGAGAUCAGUUGGUCUGGGAUUGGCAGACCCAGAAAAACGGACGUACACAGACAUUGAUGGGAAGGGUAAACACUCACCCCACAAAAAGUUGAAGAGGUCGAACAAAUUCGAGAGUAACGACUGCCGUGAGGGCAAUUCUGAGUCUUUGUUCCGCGACUUAGCAGUUUUCAGAAGAAAGCCCGACCACAACGACUGGAAGCAUGCCACCAAUUCUGCGCGGAAAUUCCCGCUGAAAAGGGACCGAGUGACAAAAGGCGAUGAUGGGGAUAUCAAAUUUAAGGGAAGCCUGAGUAAAUUCGACGUUGCUGAGGAUGAAUCCGAGCUAAAAAUUCACCAAACGAAAACAAGCAUCAAGCAAGACAAAGGAUCUGCGCACAGUCUAAACGAAAUUAUAAAACAGCGUAAACCGCAUUUCCCAAAAAAGCCAACGUGUCACAAGGACUAUUUGGACGACCGAGAAGAUAAUUUUAAAGAAAUUGACGUCACGAACGUAAAGAGUGAUAAGUCCCUUGAUAAAAUAAGUAGAACAAGCUUUGUUCUUAACGUCAAGGACCAGUCGAGAAGACCAAAUAUCGUAGGGGCAAAGACUUCGCAUGAUAAAUUAAGAAAAUUCAAACUUAAAAAUAACGACAGUUCUACGAUACUCGGUCACGACGUGGUGAGGAAGAACUCAUCAAAAUCUUCGGUGUUUCAAAUCUUCAAAAAUGCCAGAACACAGUAUUUGGUGCCUAACCAAGUGAUACAGAUAUCGUCCGAGCACCUGAUUGCUAAGAGAUGUGCAACUCGUGAUGGUACGCUUCCAAAAAAGCGCAGUGAAUUCAGAACAGGCUUAAACACUUGGGAUGAUAGGAUUUACAGUUCGUCGGAGUCUAACACGAGCAUCGUAGAGAUGCCAAAAACGGCACCGAGCAACUUGGGUUCACCUACAGUAGGUCAAACCGAAGAUUCAGAGUCGGAUGCAUUCGGUAGCAAGUCAGAGACGGUUGGACAAACGGAGAAAAAAAGUUACAAGACUUUUCCCAAUUCUUGUUUGAAGAGUACCUCAAGCCAUUCUGGAAACUCUAGGACCAAAUCGUCCGUGCGUUUCAAACUCGACGAACCCUAUCAGAACAAAGCUCAAGAUAUGGCUCGUAAAUCAGCGCGAAUGGAACCGUUUCCUCACACGUCUGAAAGCUUCAAAGCAAAAGGAGAUUCUAACGAAGGGUCACUCGAAGAAGUUCGCGACCAAAUUGAAAACGACGACGAAAUCAACGUUGAGAACGUUUUAGAAAUCACCGAUCUAACUAUAAGUUUGGCACAGGAAGAACAAGAAGUCGAUAAUGAAGAAUAUCUCGAUUCCAUUGACUGCAACGAACAAAGUGAACAGUUGGAUUCAUCAGUCAUUGUUUUAUAUUGUAACGAUGUAUCCAAAGAUGAUUCUAUUUCGAAAUCUGAAGGAAUUAAUACUGGCAAUUCUUCCUCUGAUUCUCCAUUUUCUUCUGGUGUGGAAGAACAGGAGAAAAAUAAAGUCAAACAACCAGACAAACCCGUUGCCAAAAGCAAGGUACAGUGCAAAUCCAGACUGCCACAACAACAAAAUCCAGUGAAACCGUCAUCGUAUAAAACUGGUAACAAGAAAGCGAAAGAGAGACCAAACGCCCACGCUAAUACUGUUUCCAACCUGAAAACAGUAGAGAAACCAGCGUCAAGAUCGCGUUCUUUAGAAGCAAAAAAGAAAGAAAUAAGGGACAAAUUACUGCAGUUGGAUGCAAAUCUAGAAAGAAAACGCUGCGGCAAAAAUAAACAGACAGCCAGUCAAUCCAAGCCGAACAGCCCCAGGAACAAACCUAUUUGGAAACCUAUCAGUCCAUGCGGAAGCAGUAGCAGCGGCAAUAGACCUCAAUCUCCUACUAGCCCCAGAAGAUUUUCCUCGAAAUCUCCCCAAUCAACAGUAAUUCAGUCGGUUUUCACAGCCGAUAGGAAACAAAGAAGAUUAAUUAACAUUUCGGAAAAAGCAUGGAGACCCUCAUCACCGCAGACGCUCUCUACGGAUGAACAAUCAUUGUCCAGUGUGAACGCUAAAUUCAGAGAAAAUUCGUCUUCAUUAUUUGUAAUAGACGAAAACAAACCACCCACGCCCUCUAUUAGUUUAUCGAGCUCUGUAGGCAGCGUCACGAAGACGCUGACAUCAGCAGGCAUUAAAAAUAACGAUCCGACGAGGCCAAAAACGAGCGAUGGAACAUUUCGCUCUUAUGGAAGCAGAAUGAAUCCACCAGAAAUACCUAAGCAGAAUCUGCCUGCCAGCAGACAAAGGCAAACUCUAUUAAAAAAUCGCCGAGAAACUCCAGGUAGUAACAGUCCAACAUGUCAAAAGAGAGGUCCAAAUACUAAUCCAUCUCCGCCAAGGCAGCCUUUGGCCAGAAAUAAUAGAGUAACGUCUCGUCCACCGAGUCCUAUGUCUUCCUCACAGUAUAACACGGAAUCGUUGCAAAGGCCUACCUCGAGAAAACCUCAUUUAAGUCCCAACCGACCUCAGUCUGUACACUCACCACGAGUUAAAAGCCCAUGCGCAACCCCGAGGACGAACCUCACUUUGCAAAAGACCUGCACCAACGCCGAAAAAAUUAAAAAUACGAUUGAACAGCAGUUGAACAUGGAAGAAUUGAAUUCGGACAAAACAGAUACCCCCUGCCUAGAAGGGAACGAAUCUGAGAACAUGCCUUCAAGUUGUCCAGAAACACCGAAUUCCCCGGCUUCUCGUGAAGCAUGUGAGGAACCUUCCUUGCAGACUCCACCCACGAGCCCUACUACCAGAAAAGUAGGCCAUCCUUUAAGAAAUAUGACUUUGAAAGAGUUCCAAAACAGAAGACAGAAAUGUUCAACUAUGGCGAACAGCUUAGAGAAUUCGGCCGGUACAAGCGCGGGUAAAAGCGACAAAUCUGCCUACAAGCCGCCUUGGGUUAGAAAUUCGAAAGAGUCUCCAACUCACAAGCGGCCAGAAAGUCCCAUCUUUCAAAAACCGAAAACCCCGGUUUCACCUCGAAAAAGCCCAAGCCCGGCUAGGCAAACGAAGCCGAGUGAUGACUAGCCAGUGCGCGGACAAGAAAAUAGGCGUUAAUUUAAUUGCUGAAGCCCGGUGGAAGAGAAGAAGUAGCUCUUCGGACUGUUAAUCCUGCCAUAAAUCGUGCAUGGAGAACAGUUCAUAGCCUUUAAUGCUCGUGCAAUGUUUGUCUCCGACGAAAAAAACAAACAAUUAAAUCUAUAUUUUCCAUCUA